CAUUCACUGGCGUGAUAUGCGAUCCUUUGUUGCUAGGAACCCCAUGAAAAAUUCUCUAAAUAAGUUGAAUCAGCGGUCUCUCUUGAUUUCGGAUUCCGUUGGAUAUUUUUUUUCAUCGCACGUUCUAGUCAUUUACACGCUCUGUUUGUGGUGGUGGAUCUCGAUAAUCUCGAGGGAACGGUGUGAUUGUACGACCAGAUUUCUACCAUAUUUUCAACGAACCUCAAAUCACUAACGAACCAUGUCACACCAGACUGGAAUCAAAGCGAAUGAUGCGCUCAAAAAGUUGUUUGCCAAAUGUCGUGACGGUAAAAUACGGAUUCUGAAAGUUUCCAUUGAGAAUGAAGAGUUAACGCCUGCCGCCUCCUCGAAACCAGUAAACAAGUGGCAAGAUGAUUAUGAUAAAAUGAUCAAACCUCUGAUUGUUGAAAAUCAACCUGCAUAUAUUCUUUAUCGACUUGAUAGUAAGUCUCCUGAUUCUGGUUAUGACUGGUUGUUCAUUUCCUGGUCACCUGAUACUGCACCAGUGAGACAAAAGAUGUUAUAUGCGUCAACUAAAGCUACCUUGAAACAAGAAUUUGGUACAGCAUCUAUAAAGGAUGAAUUGCAUGGUACAGUGCCAGAGGAUAUCACUUUAGAAGGGUAUCAUAAGUAUAAGAGAAAUGAUGCCGCUCCAGCACCUUUAACUACAGCAGAAGAAGAAUUAGCAGAAUUUAGGAAAAAUACAGUUAGUACAGAUUAUAGUGUUGAAACGAGACAUCAAACACUGAGUGGUGUUGCUUUUCCUGUAACGGACGAGGCAAAGCAAGCUAUCGCAGAGCUUGGUAAAGGGAUACAUGAAUAUGUUCAGUUAAUGAUAGAUUUAGUGGAAAAAAAAAUACAUUUAGUCAUGGCUUGUGAUGUUUCCCUGGAUCAAUUACCAGGAAACGUCCCAGCUAAGUCUGGCAGAUAUCACCUUUAUAAUUUUAAGCAUACACACGAAGGAGAUUAUAUGGAGUGUGUAGUUUUUAUAUAUAGUAUGCCAGGAUAUAGUUGCAGUAUUAAGGAAAGAAUGUUGUAUUCAUCAUGUAAAGCACCUCUCUUAGAACUUAUUCAAUCACUUGGAGUGACCAUAACGAAAAAACUUGAAAUAGAUGAUGGAAGGGAACUAACUGAAGGAUUUUUACAAGAGGAGUUACAUCCAAAAAUCAGUUUACAUCAGCCAAAAUUUGCAAAACCUAAGGGUCCACCAGGCAGAGGGGCAAAACGUUUAACCAAGGUUCAAGAUUUAGGAACUUCAGAACAAGAGAUUUAAAUAAAGAGAUUUUUAUAAUUUGUUGAGUUGCACCAAUAAGAUAUAUGUAUAUGUGUGCGCAUCACACACGCGCGCGCGCGCGUACGUACGUUAUGUUCCUCCUUCAUGAAUAUGCUUUAUCUUGCUUUUCACUUCACUCAAUAGUAUUAUUCAUUUUAUAAUGUAAAAACUAUUUAUAUAUGCGCGUACACCUACAUACACACACAUAUACACACAUUUUUCAUAUUUUAAGGCAAAAUUAGAAUGAAAAUUUCAUUGCUUUUGUUUGAAUAC